UUUCUUCUUUGGGUACACAGUCAACAAUAAACCAGAGAGAAAAGCAGUGAGUGAAAUCAUGAGGUGUUGUUUAUAAAAUGGUCAUCAGAGUUUUACAUCUAAACCACCACUUUAUCCUUCUUCUUCUUCUUCCAUUUCUUGCUUUUUCAUCUUCUUUUCUUUCUUCUUUGUGUGAAAUAAUAGAAUGAACAUCUCUGCACAUAUUUGAAGCUCGCAUUGUCAUUGUGUUAAAGCGUCAGUGACUAGUGAUUGGGAACAAUAGGAAUGAUAGAUUUUUCUUUGAGGUGACUCCAUUCACUUGAUUUAUCCUGGUGAGUCAAAUCAAAUAGCACGGCUACUUGUUACUAAUGGCCGGUCAACAGGAAGGUGGGUGGCCCUUAGGAUUACAACCAUUGAACGUGAGAGUUGGUUUGGUGAGGAAUCGUGAUUUUUCAGGGUCGAUGUCUUCCAACACACUUAUCACUGGCUCUCCAAGUUUCUCAACAGAUUCUUCAUCAGACUUGGAUACAGAGUCAACUGGAUCUUUCUUCCAUGACAAGAGCAUUACACUUGGGAGUCUCAUUGGUGUUUCGAGCAUCUUAGAAUUUUCUAGAAGAUCUAUUAGGGGUAGGAGAGCAGAAUCUAUAAGAAGUAAGAAGAAAAUUAAAUCCAAAACAUGGUUAUUUUCCCUGUGUUCAAAGCCUAGUGAUACUUAUGUAGAAAAUGUGACUAGUCCUCCAUCCCUCGGUCAGUUCCUUCAAGUCGAAAGAAAAGCUGCUAACAAUUGCAGAAGGAAUCAAAGACCAAGGAAUUAUGAACAUGGUGAUGGGCUUGGGAAUUUGGAUUUCUAGACUGCUUUUCUAUGAAAUUUUUACCUGGUACGUAUUUCUCAGCACAGUCAUAAUGAUCCCUGGUGAUCAUUAACUUCAAUUAUUUCAAUUGAUGGGGUACAUAAUCUCAGUAUGUACACUUUACCUAAUCUGAUGAUUAAACCACCUUUUGUUCUGUUUAACACCUUCUAAUGCUUCUAAUGAUGAAUUGGUGUUCCCUUGAUUAACACUAGUAGUUGAAGAAGGGACAUGAAUUUGCAGAUUAAAUCCUCUCCUAUUUUUGCUCGGCAACUCCAUCUUAAAUAAAAAGCAGUUUUCUUUCUUCAACUACAAGUCAUUUGACGGUUAUUUUCAUCUUCUCCGGUAUUCUAUUUAGUAUUUCCAUCGAUUUUCUACCCGGAUCUUGAAUUAUUUUAAGAUUCAGGUGGAAUUGUAAAUACUAUCAUAUAUCUGAAUAAAUAAAUAAAAUUGUUGUUCCAACAAUUUUUAGAAUUUCCUGUUUAUUUUCUCAUCGGUCUAAUGGUAUUUUUAUGCCAUCUAGACUUGUUAUCUCAUAGCCAUUAUGGCAUUUUUUGGUGGUGUUGCACUCUUAUCAAUUGUAUUUUGGAAGGAGACGAUUUAUUUUGGCAAAUCUGAAUAAGACCGAUAUUAAUUGUGAUGAUAUCAAUAAGGGCAUAUUACUUCCUUAUUAUGGAAGCAUCUUACAUCAAUGAUGAUAAUGAUCAAGAAACAAACAAUCAACAAAUAACAUGGUUUGAAACCAUUAGAAGGAUGUCAAUUUCUUCAAUGGGUUGUAAAAUCUCUGUACAAUUUUCUUUCUUCGUUCCUGAAAUAUGUAAAUUUUGUACGGAAUGUUUUUCUCCGUUUUCAAAUGUAAUUGAUCAAUGUAAGCAAAAUUUCAUAUUAAUGAAAUUAUGAGGUGAUACCUCUCUCCACCAAAAAAAAAAAAA